CAGGCAUGCAUCAUGCACGAAUACACAUCACCGUCUUUAAAGUUGUGAUGAAAUUGGGCAAUUUGAAGGAUGUAGUUUAUGCAAUACAAAAUAUGAAUAAUGGAUCUAGACCCACCCAAGCCAGUGUUGCCAUGAUUUGCUCGAGUUCACCGAGGAAUAUGGACAACUCGUUGCCUCUUGUUCAGAGACAUGCAUCAUCAUCACGCAUAAACUGAGUACGUUCGUUACAUAGCUCAAGACAGAGAGCAAUGGCGAAAAGUAAUUUCAGUAUGAUGACUAUUCCGACCGGUGGGCCAAAUACGACUACUAAGAAAACACACGCGUCGAUUGCGCAUGUCCCCCACGCAAGAGGCGAAGGUUUCUGGUAUUUUUAUGUGUUGAUCGGGAAAACGUCGAUGCGCAAUUAUGUACUGCGGAGCUAGCAUCUAUGAUAUGGGGAAGCCAUGAAAGUUUAGGCUUCACCCUUAUUAGAUACACAUUUAAACAAACCAUCUACAGGACACGCUACAUCCCAUUCGCACGAUCAGGAAACCAUGUACGAACUCAAAUCACAACGAGGUACCGAAUUGACGUAUGAUAGCAAAGAUGUCUACGAGUACAGAGAUGGAAAAAAGUACGCACUGAAACAACUUGGAGAAUACGCUGCCGUCUAUCCGCUCCAUGUUUCUUCGAAAGAACCUAACGGAGGUGACGCUGAGGAGAAUGAUCCUCCCUAUCACCCACAUGACGCGACCGAGUUUUACUGUGACUUUUUUAAAAAAGGGUCAUAUCUGUAUUCGCUGAGGAGAGACAACUAUUAUCCUUCAAAGGAAUGUAUGAUCGAAUUCUACAAGAACAAGUAUGGCAAGGUUGUCUUUAUCUUCAACAAGAAACAUGGUGCUAUUGACGUGUGUGAUGCCGACAACGGAACAACGCUACAUACGGACGACCGCUCCGACAAGUUUGUACAGGGUUACAAACGAUUGGGCGAUGCGUAUCUGUUCUUCGAGGGAUGGUAUUGGAGUCCCGUCUAUUAUUCGGCAUUGUACGAGGUGGACAAACUCAUCAACGAAGAGAAUUACGAACCAGUCGUCAUCGAGUGGGAGGGCGAAUACUCGCCAGGGUUUGUCCCAACAGAAACAGGCAUGCUAAAGUCACAGUAUAUUGAUCGAGAAUUCUCACCAAAGCAAGUCAUGGAUAAUCAUGAGAGCAUCGCCAAGGAAUGUCAGAGACUACAUCGAGUCAAAUUCUUCAAUGAGCACCGCAGCAAAGAUAACUUCCUUCGAGUGAUCUUGAAUUUAUCAUCUGAGCAUAUCUCUUUCGAGAGCGACGCAAAGAAACGUCUAGAAGAUCUCCUCAACGCAGACGUUGACUCGCUCAAUAUCACUGUCACAGAAAAAGUAUCUGGGUCAGACUCGACGUCGACAUACGAUGACAAUCUCAUUCGGGGAAUCACAUUUUCUGAUGAACGGAAAGUGAUCGGCUCCUGGCGAGAAACUAUAACGAGAGAAGAUGGCUUGCGCUAUCUCACACCAAAGAUCCUUUUGCCGUUCGAUAUGUUUGGAGGGUAUGUUGAUGGUUACGUUCGCAAGAUAUCUGUAGAUGGCUUCCAUCUACGCUUCCGAUUCGAUUAUGUGCUUAAGGGGGCAGAUCCAUCAUCUGUCACGGUAGAAAUCGAUCAAGAUCUGACAAAGGAAGAAGACGGUGAGGGAUACAAGGUGUCAGAUGAUCUACCGUGCAAGAUAAUGGUUCUGUGAUGCUGCCUGCUUAGUGUUUAUCCCAUCACGAAAGGUGGAGGAGGAGGGGGGCCGAUGUAAUUAGAGGAGGGGACAUUCUGCGUCCAGCGUCUGUUUUGAAGAGGAUCUAGUAGGCUGCUGUUGUUAAGAGAGCAAUUCAUAUGGACUUGGACAUGCCACCAUCCGUGGAUUUGCCUUUUGGCAGAGCGGACAGGUGUACCACAAUCCGGACAUUUAGGACCAAAGAGCAAUUGGAGGGCAUACGACUGUUACGGGAGCCGCAGCGUCGAAAGCGGGUUUAGAUACGGUAGUAGACAUAAUAUUAGAUAUUUCUUUUGGCUUAAGAUGGGACUCGGGUUGGCCCCCAAAUUGUGUCCAUUCAUCCAUCGCCCAAGAGUAUCAUCCUUUUCUGAUCCUCUAGGAUUCCGA